AUGUCAGCUUCCACUUCUAACAUACACGAACACCCACUCUGGCCACUUGUUCAAACUCUCGAUAAAGAACUUCUUUUUUUUCUGGCAGGAGAUGUUGAUUAUUUGAAGAGGUCCUGCAAAAAGGAGCUUUUUGUUGCCAUCAUGCGUCAUUUCCAAAUUAGAUCCGACCUUCGUAAAUUCAGCCUCAAAAAACAUGAAUUGGUUUCUAACUACAAAGAAUAUCUUGAGCCCCAGCUUGCACCCUUUAUCAAACAGAAAUCUGCGGCGGAAAAAACCCAAGAACAUUCCAAAAGGAAGCAAGCAGCCUUUUUGAACUUGUCAAGUGCGUCACUCGCCGAGAUACGUGCAGCUGUUAUCACACGGGUUAGGGCCUGUUUUGUACCAUCAACCUUUCCCAAGGGCGCUCUUGUAAGGCUCUGGAAGCACGUCUUCGAUGGUCCUAACGGUCCCGAAGAAGAAGAUCCAGUAGAAUUUUGUGGUCGAGUCCAUUACUUUACCGUCGAACAACUUCCUGGCAAGAAGCGAGAUAUUCUUAGAUACCAUCUACAACAUAAGUACCCGAAUCUCUUCAUCCCUAUUGCGGCUUGCACCGAGCCGAUCUUGUGUGCACUGUACGAAUGCUUUAUACACGAAAACGUCGAACUUGAUGCUGAACUAUGCGUGGGAGUACACUACUUCAUCAUCGAAGCAACCGAGGAUCAGGAACCUGUUAUACCUAAAGACACCACCGAUGGUAAAAUGCUAGUUGAAAAAACUGAAGAAGCUGAAGAUGAGACAACGGGUACUAUUAACGGACGGAUGAACGAAAAAGGCACCUUGAUCUCGCAUACGACUUACAAAGCUCAUCAAAAGGCAGACCAUCGCAUGGAGGUCCUCAAGAAAGUAUCAGUCUUACAGCCAGAUAGGGGAAUGAUGCGUGACCCGAACGGUGUUCCUAGCCCACCUUAUCAAUCUGCUAGUCCAAAUCCACCAGAUCCCCAAAAUGGACGUUAUCAAGCAUUCCGGCCUCUGUCUCCAAGUCUACUAGCCACCAAUGAACGACUCACAAACCAGCCUUCAACCUCAACACAUGCGUCUGCUGCUACUUGUGGAUUAAGACUUGACCAAGAUAUCGAUAUGACGGAUGUAACAACCCAGGUUAUUGCAAUUGAUACCAGUGCUUGUUUCGAUCGCAAAUUCACCCUCACAGAGCCAGUGGUUUUACAUGCAGCACUUGUAGUGGCGAUGCUUUCGAUCUUUGAGCAUGCCUCGCUACAAACCUCAGCGUGGAUGUUAACUGCACAGAAAGAUCAAACGGAGCUCACUAUCAAAGAAUCUAAUCCAGACUCUCUCCUUUACUUAAAUAAGCUAGCUGGUGCAUUCCCUCGACACGUUGGCACCAUCAUCUCUUGGCUUAAAAUCGAUCCAAAAUUGAACAUAUUCACUUGCUGCCCGUCUUGUUUUGCUCUAUAUCGGCUCCUCAAUUGGCACGUUCGAUGCUUCUGGUCCAUGUCAGAUGAGACUGACACAAAUCCAGAAGGUGAUCCAUUCAGUUCCUCCGAGCUACGUGCUCUACUUACUACGGAUCUGGCUCCGCUCCCAUCUCUAGAGGAGGAUCAACAAGUGGAUGAACCUUCAGAACCAGCCUCAGAUAGUGAACCUCCUCUUUUCAACUUCCGUGAUCUACCCGCUUUCAACAGCGACACUGAUCCAAGUGACGAUGACUUCGAUCCACUCCUCUUUGAAGGAUGGAACGGUGAAUUGGAAAUAACUUUCAUGAAAAACUUUGGACGAGCGGGUAAUCUGAGCGCUCUAUUGAAAGAGGGAAAGUUUCCUGUAGAACUUGAUCCAUACCUACCACAACUACAAAGCCUUUUGAAUCCUAUCCCCUUCACCCGAAAGACUGAUCCGAUUCACGAUCAACAGCCACUAAAUGAAGAAUUCCUAAUUCAAUUGGUCAAUAGACUCAAUUCUAAUCAGUCUGAAGGGCGAAGUUGGCUCAGCUCACAAACCUGGUCUACAUUAACAUCAGCCAACCACUGA